UCUGCAGAGGCUGUGCUGCAGGUGCUGUGCUGAAGAUUGACCCUGGCUGGUCGACUCUUUUCAUUGGAGAGGUUGUUACUCUGACAUGUGACGCUGAAGGAGCAGGCGCAGACUGGGAAUACUGUUUCAACAAAGAUCAACAACAAUGUCAGCUAAUGUCAACAACUAAUUACUACAAAUUCAAUAUAACAUCCACACACCUUGGUGGUGAAUAUGUUUGUGUUGCUCGUCGCAAGGGUUCGUCUGAAACAGAGAAAAGUAACACCGUCUCUUUCACUACAGCAGAGAAACCCAAAGCAACCCUGACACCAGACGCCACGACCAUCUCAGUCGGAGGCUCAGUGAGUCUUUCCUGCUCUGUGAGAGACUCUGAUGGAUGGAAAUAUGAGUUUUACAGAAAAUCAUCAAACACCUGGGAGACAAAUGUUCAGGACAACAGACUCGGGGUAUCUGAAGAAGGAAUUUACCAGUGCAGAGGAAGGAGAGAAACAACAUCAGGUUCUCUUUAUGUCUCUGACAUGAGUGAUGAAGCCACCAUUAGGAUAACUCUCACCAACAAGCCUGUCAUAACACGACAACCCAGCUGGUCUCAGAUAUUCCAGGGUGAGAAGAUCACUCUGACAUGUGAGGUCCAGGGAGGAGAGAAGACUGACUGGUGGUAUUACUGGUUGAAAGAUUCACACCAACUCCAAGGGGAGAAUGAAAAGUUGUUACAACUCACUGCUUCUGAGUCCCUCAAUAGAGAGUAUGAAUGUAUGGCCACGCGCAGAGAUGACUCUUAUUCUUCAACCACAUGGAGUGAAGCCUUCACAGUCUCAUUGUUACCUCAACCAAAAGCUCAACUGGGAACCAAUAAAUUCAACAUGUCUGAAGGCAGCAGAGUGACGCUGACCUGCUCAGUGAAUCCAUCAGCUGGAUGGAAAUACUUCUGGUACAGAGACUCCAAAAACUCCCUCCUGAACACACAUGAUACUGAUGAGUAUCGGAGUCAGUCUGAAGUCUCACAGGAGGGACGUUACUGGUGCAGAGGAGGAAGAGGAGGAAGAGGAGGAAGAGGAGAUCCACUUUACUACACAGAGUACAGUGAUCCCAUCAGUGUCACUAAAAUAAUCCCAAACAAGGCAACCCUGACUCUGCAACACGACAGACCACAGCUCUACCAAGGAGAGACCAUCGCUCUCAGAUGUGCCAUCGAUGGAGGAAACACAGGAUGGGAGUAUGAGUGGGAAACCAGCAGUUUACUCAAACCACCAAAUGUCAGCCAAUACAGGAUGGAGGCUCUUUCUUCACAGCACCAGGGAGAAUACAGAUGUAAAGGAAACAAGCUGAGAGGAGCACAGUCAACAGAUUGGAGCAACACCGUCACACUGACAGUAAUCAAGAAACCCAGAGCUACACUGACAUCAGGGACCACAACCAUCCCAGUCGGAGGCUCAGUGAGUCUUUCCUGCUCUGUGAGAGACUCUGAUGGAUGGAAAUAUGAGUUUUAUAGAAAAACACCAUUAACCAGCUGGGAGAAACUAGUUGAAACAAAUGUUGGGGACAAUCGAGUCGCCCAGGUAUCUAAAGGAGGAAUUUACCGGUGCAGAGGAGUGAGAGAAACAUCAGGUUAUCUCUCUGACAUGAGUGAUGAAGCCACCAUUAGGAUAACUUUCACCAACAAGCCUGUCAUAACACGACAACCCAGCUGGUCUCAGAUAUUCCAGGGUGAGAAGAUCACUCUGACAUGUGAGGUCCAGGGAGGAGAGAAGACUGACUGGAGGUAUUACUGGAGGAGAAAUUCACGAUCACUUCCAAACGAGGAUGAAAAGAUGUUACAACUCACUGCUUCUGAGUCCCUCAAUGGAGAGUAUGAAUGUAAAACCAGACGCAGAGAUGACUUUUAUUCUUCAACCACAUGGAGUGAAGCCUUCACAGUGUCAGUGUUACGACUAAAGCUCAUCCUCUCUGUGUCUCCAUCAUGGUUGAUUCCUGGAGCUUCAGUCACUCUGAUCUGUCACACUGAGCCUCCGUCAGCAGGGUGGAGCUUCUACUGGUUCAAAGCUGUUCCAAACUCUCAGGAUUCCUACACCUAUGAGCCUCUACCUGGUACCAGCAGUGGGACAGCAAACAAUUCCUUCACAGUUCAUGGACAGACACACACAGCAGGAUAUGCAUGUUCAGCUGGACGAGGGGAUCCGCUGAUUUACACACAAUACAGUCGUCCCACAUUUGUCUGGUCUUCAGGUGUUCAUCCAUCAGCGUCUCUCACAGUGAAUCCUGACAGAGUCCAACACUUCACCUCUGAAUCUCUCUCACUGACAUGUGAAGGAAACUCUUCCCAGUGGAGGCUGAUCCAGUUUCUGACUGACGACUCGCUGUUGAGCUUUCUUCCUCCAGCUACAAUCAAUGGAUCAACAUAUAUUAAGAAUGAGGCUCCAAGAAAAGCUGUGUACUGGUGUGAGUCUGGAACAGAGUUCAGCAAUGCCGUCAAUAUCUCCACACACUCUGAUGGCGUUAUCCUGGUGAGCCCUGUGUAUCCUGUACCUGUGGGAGAGUCUGUAACUCUCCUCUGUGUCAUGAAGACUGGAAAUAUUCCCUCUGAUGUGUUUUUCUACAAAAACAACAAACUCAUUGAAAAUGAGAGACGAGGAGAGAUGAAGAUCUCUGCAGUGUCAGAAUCAGAUGAAGGUUUCUACAAGUGUCAGUACAAUGGAAGAGAAUCAGCUCAAAGCUGGAUGGCUGUUCAAUUUGUAUCCAGGCAACAAAGUUUUCCGAUGUGGACAAUUGGGUUAAUUUGUGGACUUUUGCUGCUUAUUUUGCUGCUGCUGCUGUUGUGUUGCUCCAAAAAGACAAAAGACUGGUGCUUCAACAGGUCUCAAAGUUCACAGCAGAGCCAAACUACAGACCACAGCUGCAACCAGCUGGAAGAUCAAUGCAACACAUAUGCUUCUCCAUUCCAAGGUGAAUCCGAUAAUGUGACAUAUUCUUCAGUUGAGCUUAAAAACGUCAAGAACGUGAAGAACAAAAAACCAGAAGAGAGCACUGUUUAUGCUGAUGUGAGGACCACAUCAUCUAAAGAUGAUGAAGUAACCUAUGCUCAAGUCCUCCCCAAUAAACGUAAAGCAAAAGGCAAGAAAGGGAGGACAGCUCCAGCAGCCACUGAAGAAACAGUUUAUUCAGAAGUCAAAGCAGAAACCACUCACGUUAAAUGAGGAGACUUCAUCACCACCACCAACAGAUAACUGCAUCCAGAUUUAUGGAGAGUCUCCACAAUGUCUUUACUGAGGAAGGUGGAAAAGAGAGACACACUCUGAUCUAUACUUCUCUGAUCUGAUCAAUUGCCCUUUUUGCUCUUUUUAGGGUUUUACAUCUAUUUAUGCACAACACUUUUUUCAGCUGUGGUUGUUUUUAAA